UUGGCAACUUCAAGUUGUUGCCGACUUCGCUAUACGCAUUUUGAAAAGAAAACCAAAAGCAAAUUUGAAAAAAAAUAUAUAUAUGUAGCUUGUAGGUAAAUAAAUUAAUAGCGAAAAAUCACUUACACAGUUAAAUUUUACGCAAAAUUAUCUAAUCGCGUCAGCCCAAAUCCAAAAAGAAAAACCGUAGACGUCAAAACCAGAUUAUUUUCAUUCCGUUUUGUUUAACAGCAAAUAUGACAACGUGUCCGGUUCGAACGAUUGCAAAGAUUUAUUCAGACGCCCUCGUGAACAAACCAAAAGAAUUUUGGGAUUAUGACAACUUUACGCCGCAAUAUCAAGCGAUCGAAAGCUACUGUCUCAUUAGGAAAUUAGGAAGAGGCAAGUAUAGCGAAGUAUUCGAAGCUCUCGACGAACUUAACAAUGAAAAGGUGGUUAUCAAAAUCCUCAAACCGGUUAAAAAACGCAAAGUAAAACGGGAAAUCAAAAUUCUUGAAGAGUUACGUGGCGGAAUUAAUAUUAUCAAAUUGUACGGCGUUAUUUCAAUCAAUUCGUUAUACACCGGAUUAAUUUUCGAACAAGUUCACAAUGUCGACUUUAAACAUAUUUAUUUUACACUUUCCGAAUUCGAUACACGAUUUUACCUUUACGAAUUAUUAAAAGCAUUAAAUUUUUGUCACAGUAAAGGUAUCAUGCAUCGUGAUGUAAAACCCCACAACAUAAUUGUUGAUCAAUCUCAACGUAAAUUAAGAUUAAUAGAUUGGGGUUUAGCCGAAUUUUAUCACCCUGGACAAGAAUACAACGUUCGUGUUGCUUCAAGAUACUUUAAAGGACCCGAAUUACUCGUUGAAUAUGGUUACUAUGAUUAUUCCUUGGAUAUGUGGUCGUUGGGUUGUAUGUUUGCUUCAAUGAUUUUUCGUAAAGAACCGUUUUUCAGUGGUAACGAUAAUUACGAUCAAUUGGUUCGUAUUGUAAAGGUAUUAGGAACCCAAUUAUUUUAUCAAUACAUGGAAAAAUAUAAUAUUUGUAUUAGUUCGCAUUUUCAAGAGUUAAUUGGUCAACAUAAUCGUAAAAAGUGGGAACGUUUUAUCAAAACGGAAAAUGAAUAUUUAGUAAGCGAGGAUGCGUUGGAUUUAUUAGAGAAUUUGUUGCGUUACGAUCAUAUGGAACGUAUUACGGCUAAGGAUGCUCUUGAACAUCGGUAUUUUGCGCCAGUUGUUCGAUAUAACAAGACGAAAUCGUUGAAUAAUAAUGUUGAAAAGGAAUCGGAGAGGCAGGUCGACGGUGAAUCAACUAAAUAAGUGAUUGUGUGUAAUUUUAAUUUGAUGUAAAUUGUUGUUUUUAAAUGAAUUAUUCUCAACAUCAAAA